ACGAAGGCGGUUAGUUGUUUUAAGCGGGAUCGUCCUGGUUCUCGCGAUUCUUUGAGACGUGUGACUUCUUUGAAUAUAGUAUUCAUUACACGUGUAACGCAGUUUCGCGUCAAGAUAUAUACAAUUAUGACAAGUUAAAUUUUCGUCGAAAAAUAAUAAUUUGCCUUUUCGUAACGGCAUUUUGGUGCAGUUUAAAAUUGCAAAUAUAAUAUUAAAGUGCGCGCGUGUGAAAGAAGCUGUGCUUUACUUGUGAUUCUUCUGUCACCUAUCUUCUUUAACUUCCCCUGUUCUACCGACUUGCAGGUUGUAGCUACUGCACUCUGCAUUCGCAAGCCAAGUCACUUGUCCUGAAGAUGGAGGCGAUAAGUUCCUCCGAAACGUCGGCUGAAACAAAGAUUACACGGCGCCAGAUCCCAAAAAACGACUUUCUUGAUUGAAUUGGUUGUUACGGACAACCUGCGUGACGUCAACAUCACCUGUUAGCGCCAAGAAGAAUAUUGCUGAUGGUGAAAUUUCUGCACCAGUGCAUUUAACUGCAGCCAUUGGUGAAAUGAUGACGUUGCAGUGAAGAGUGGGUGCUCCUGGCUCGGGAAUGAGGUUGCCAUUGGUGACCCUGUUACCAGUGAUACUAUUGGCGUCCCCGCGACAAGCUGAAGCCGUUCCUACCACGGGUGCGGAUGCCGGCGUCCGUGCUGAACACACGCUGUCCGAGGAAGAACCGCCUACAUGGUCCGGCGUAACACCGUCACCGACUGUAAACAAUGCCUCCCCAACGAUCGAUAAGACGGAGACCGUAGACCAGUCUCCUGGUCCAGCCAACGAUGGCGUUUUAAGGGAUGGUACUGGCUCACCAAGCGGGCGGUCGCCUUCAGACUCCCCUGAAAUUGUGACCAUGUCAUCAAACCUUUCCCCAGUUCAGAACGACGUUUUCAUUCAAGAAGUGUUUCCCACCUCUGCUGACAGCAAUCACUCCUCGUCUUCAUACAUUGAAGUGUCCGGAAUCCUUAUCAGUAUCGACGGUGUUCCCACCUUAGAACCCUUAGACGAGGCAAACGCUAAAUCCUCUUCUCUACAAAAAAACAGAACUGAUGAAACCAUUUCCCUUGGCCCCAUAGAAAUAUCUUCCAUUCUUCAAGAAAUCAUAUCAACUUCAGUGCUUCAAACUGACAGUGACAUAGUAUUGCAUACAAAUAGAUCUGGUAUAGAAGGGAUUAUUUCAUUAUCCAGUCAAGAUGAACAAAUAUCAGCUUCCCAGACUUCCAUAAUUAAUGUCAAUACAGCCAAAGAACAAGCGAUUGUCCCACUAACCAAGAAAUCAGAGAUGAGACUUUCUUCCUCCGAGUCACCUGAACAGAAGAAGCAUGUUGUAUAUCACGGCCCCUUGGAGUCAAGUGAUCCUUAUGCUCACUGGGACAGCGACAGUGAGGAGCAGGAACACGAAAUGGAAUUGCAGCGGCUCCAAGGACUUCCCAAGGUAGAACCAGAACUCGACAAAGAGUAUAAUGCUGUGAUUAGAACGUCAGGAAAACACGUGGACGACAGUUCACUGCCAUCAUCAUCACCUUCUCCUUCAUCGCCGACAACUGGUCGUAGUUACUUACUUCUUCUCGCCGGAAAUUCAACAAUUGUUCGACUCCGCCAGAAAGACUUCGCAAAAUAUUUGAAGCUGAACCUGGCAGCGAGGCUGUCUCUUGAGUAUGAUGAUGUGCGAGUUAAUCGUGUGGUACUGGCACCUCCACAGCUCUUGGUGAACGUCAGUGUUGUAACACCAUCUGAAGCUGCAGCAGUCAUUGACUCUGAAGAAGUGGUCGGAGAAGAAACAGUCAUUGACAGUGACUUUGUUAAGGAAGAGGAACCCCUACACAUGCUGGCAGAAACAAAUGCAACGUUACUGGAGUUGUCUGGGGAGGAGUACCAUGUGGUAAGGCUGCUGUCACUUCAUUCACAUCCAUCAGAAAAGAAACUUCAUGAAGACGAAGAAGGCCUGUCUGCUACAUCUACAAUAAUCAGUGACCGUCACAGCAACAUUGAAUUGGUCAUCUACACUGGUAUCGGCAGCGCAUGUGCUCUGGUUUUUCUGGUAACACUUCUCAUAACUUUCGGUCGAUACCUGAGGACAGCCGAUCUGCAGUGGCCAUGGCAUAGGCCAGAAUCUCUGUAUUCUUCAUGGACUCUGCCAUCAAACCACCUUAGGCACAGACGUAUGGAUGAAUAUCCAUCAGUCACAGCCGCUCCGCCAACAGUGAUUUAUUCAGGAUCCUUUGCAGCCAGAGCAGCGAACUCAUGGGUGGAUGAGUACCAGGCUCAGUCCAGUGUUGUUCUGGCGGAUGACACAGGUGGCACAGGUAUGCUGGGAGUUGGAGCAAUGAAAUUUCCAGCCGGAAACCCAUUGUACACAAACUUGGAGAUGGGUGGCACAUCCAGAAAUGUCAUCAUGGGCCACAACGCUGAGACACUGAGCAUUCAGCGACAUCAAAGCCCCAGCAAGCUUCAUAUGUUCAGCUGCAGACCAAGCAGUAUUGUUAUCCCAGCAACUAUGCCAACUCCACAUCAUCAGGUCAGAAGAAACCUUCAAGUAUCUAAGGAGACUCAUCCUCUUGAUGUCAGGAUCAGGGAGGACUACAGACUAGGCCAUGACAAUCCGAACUUCCAAACAUAAGCACAAUCUAAAGAAAUAUGAAAGUUGUGUGAACUUAGAGAGAAAAAUAUAACAGAAAAGCAAAAUAACCCAGAAAUUCUGUGUUUUUCCGAUAAGAGCUGUGCAGAAAAUUCUUUGUCAUCUUUGAUACUACUCAAGUCUGACUUUCACCAGCAAAACACUACAACCAAUAUGCAAUAAGUGGGCACUGUGUGUACAUCACAGCUCGUUAUGCGUGAGAAAUGUUGAAAGGAAGCAGUCAGGUAGCAUAGUUCUGUGUUCCUAUCCUACAUACAUUCUUGAACUCGUGUCUGCUUUGUUUGUUGUCUGGUUGAUGUAUCUAGUCUCAUAAACUUAUUUUAAAUUCUUAUUUAAUAAUGAUAAGCUUAAGAAGUUGCUCAUCAUAGCAUUUAGAGAUUAAUAGAUAGGAUUUAAAUAUCACUUCUUAGUUUUCAUCACCAUGUUUCCAGUCAGUAAACCCACUGUUAUGACCACCCUUGAAUUUCUGCCAUGUAAGUAAGUUAGCUUAUUUACCCUUUGUUGUUUUAACCAGUAGAAAGUAUAAUAAAACAUCUCAGAAUUAUUUGCUGUGUAAGAGGAUGAUAAUUGUAUUUUUUGUAUGUCAUUCAGAUAUGUUAUGAAUGAAUAUGAACUCUAUCAAUGCUUAUUUAUUGUUAUGGAGAGCUUUUAAUUUGUUUAAAAAUCUAAUAGUGGAUACAGAUUUGUUAUGUUAACUGAUGUACUGUUUAACACUUAAGCCAGAAAUAUAAAUUGUAGAGAACUUCGGAUAUCUUGUUCAAAUUAAGAUGUUUAUAUUAUUAACAACCCAAAUACAACUUUUAAACUUUACAGAACAUCGAAGUAAACAGUUCAACAUUGUAACUAUUUCAGAUAGAUGGCUGUUUAAAUAAAUUGCGCUCUAAAGUUAUCAGAAUGUUGUUUGAUCUUGGCACAUCUACACGUAUAUGAUAAACUGCGAUGUUUUAAGAUACUUUGUAAUGGCAUUAAUUUUUUCUUGGUUGAUAAAUAUUUCCAGAAGAAGAAAUGAUUGUGAAUAAUGCUGAGCACAUAGCAUUAUGAACGAUAUAUACUCAAGAUAAGUUUUGAUGCCUUCACGACUACUGAAUGCAAUGACAUCUUCUCUAGUAAUCAGUAUUUAUUGGUGUUAAGUGAAAUUUUGUAGACUCUGUAGUGGAUCGCACAGCUGUGAGUUGUAUAUGUACAUACUCUUAGCUCGUGGUGUCUGGUCUUCUGCAUUGUGAGGCAUCUUGCGGUUACGGCACGAAAUAUAACUACAGAACGAACUUAUGUAAAAAAAUUUGGACUGAAGAAUACACUAUAGUCUUUUAAAUUAUUAAGAAAUUCUAAUAGAUGAAAUUUUAGUUUAUUUGUGUGCAGCUGCGGCUAGAGAUUAAAACCUAGAAAUUAGAAACAAAGAAACCCAAAAAACGGGGAUACAUAAGAAAGAAACUAACUUCAGAGGUUGUAAAAUAAGGAAUUUAUUUAAGCAGUAAAUUCUUAUAAAGAAGUGUAUAAAGGAAGAAGUUAAAUCUAACAGGUAUACAAGUUUA